AUGGCGUCAUGCUCCGAGUGUUUGGCUGGUGCCGGACUCUUAAUCUUUAACGGCGUGGAUUUCAUUGCAGGCGUUGCACUAUGUAUCUAUAGCCUUUAUAUUGGCACGAAUCACUUUGCACCGUUGUGGCUUUAUGUUCCUUUAUUGGCUAUCGGUAGCAUUCUCGUCGUCGUAUCGAUCAUGAGCAGCUUUGGUUUAGUCUUUCAAAGCUGCUCCAUUUGUAUGGCACUAUCGUCAGACGUCCUCAUGUGGAUCUCUCUCGCUGAACUUGGUCUAUCUGUCGUCAUUUUUACCCAAGGAGGAGCAAUUGGUGAUUUCUUACGUGAACACAGCGACGAACUUAAACUCAAUGAAGAUCAAUUGGCACGUUUCGAGCGUCACAAAUUCUAUCCAGCCGAGGCAUUGCUUCAGCGAGAAAACUUUCUAAACUUGACACUGGAGCAAGAGAUUUUUCUGUUAGCACUAGGCUCGUGGCUGCUAAAUUAUCGAAAAAAAGCGACAGUGGACGGUGUCAUUGCGCUUUUCUAUAUGUAUGGCAAAAUUGCUAUUUUAGCAUCACUUUACUACUUGGACAUUACUCUGUUUGGGUGGUAUUUGGUCGUCUGCUUAGUAUUAUUUGGAGCAGUGGGAUUGCCGCGAUACGAUGGCGCGUCGAAUAUUGUCGAGCUCAAUCCAGCUACAAUGGAAAAAUUAAUCACAAAAGCUGUUGACUCACCUUCUUGGCUUGUAUUCUACUAUACGGACUGGAGUGAUUCUUGUGUAGAACAUGAACCAAUGCUUGCUGACCUCUCGCUUAGAUACUCUUCGACCUCAUUACAAUUUGGCCGGGUAGAUGUAAACAAAUGGCCUGAUCUAGCUGUGGAGAAUCAAAUUAAUGUAUCUACGUCGUCGUGGCAAUUACCGACUUUGAUUCUCUUUCAAUCGGGGAAAGAAAUGAUGCGAUUACCGCCGAUUGACGAGAAUGGAAAAAUUACGAAAAGUGUUCUUGAUCAGGCGAGUCUUAUUGCUGCUUUCAAGCUUCAGGCGCUAAAAGAACGCAAAUUACAGUUAUGGAUGAAUAUCAAGAUUCUAGAUGAUACGUCAUAA